GGCGCAACAACGACAAGGACUUCGGGCAGCGGAGUGUCGAGCGUGUCAAAGUGAGGAGCCGUCGCACACUUUUCCCCUCUCUCCUUUUUCUCUCUCUCUGUCUGUUUUUCUCUCUCUCUGUGUCUUUCUCUCUCCCACUUCUCUCCUCGGUUGGGACUGGGGCUUGGCGGCACGGAGAGGGACCUAGACACCUGGGGGACAGCAGGAGUGGAGAGGAGCAGCUGCCGUGAGACUCUCAGCGCUCCCCUCUCUCUCUCAGCUCUCCUCUCCCUCUCUUUUUUUCUCUCCGCUGGAAGUUGCCUGCGAACAGGCAGCUUGAGAGGGAGACGGUGCACUUGUGCCUCCUCUCCUGCUCUCUCUCUAUCUGUCUCUUUCUCACUCUCUGGAGCAAACGCGCGCGCAGAACACCAGAGCACAGGAGGGAAAAAAGAGCGGAGAGAAGAAACGGCAAAACAGAAGAAAAGAGGAGGAGGAGGAGGAGGAGGGUGAGGGGGUACGUGGAUACUUGAAGGAGAAGGGUUUUAGGUAAAAAAAGGAGGAGAUUUCAGAUAUUCCGGCAAGAAGGACAUAAGGGAACCACUGAGUUUGGAAAGAGGAUCAACACCAAAAGGAGGAAGAGCAGGUAAGGAAAGGGGAGGGGGAUCAGCCAAAGCACAGAUAAGUUACAGAGUUACAGCAAGAGAUCAGCAAGGAUCAGUUCACAGACACAGCAGCACUCAGCCGGAUAGAGAUCAGAAAACAAGGUGCAAAAAUACAAAACAGCCAAACAAACAGAUCAGAGAUAGAUAGAGAGAGAGGCAGAUUUGAGGGGCAGAGAGCGAGAGGCUGUUUAGACCAGAGAGGGGCAGAUUUGAGGGGAAGACCCCGUGUUGCCAUAGGAGGGAUAAGCCUCUCACCACGGAGCGACCGGCAGGAGAGAGUGUGCAGUCAGGGGUGUCUGCCAACCUCCCCGCAGAUGCCGCCCUGGCUGCCCAGAUGCCCAUAGAGUUUGUCUGCAAGAUCAAGUUCGCUGAGGGGGACGUCAUGGCUCAGAGACCCGUGCCUAUUCCCGUGCCAGGCGUAGGAGUGCCUGUGCCCGCCGGUCUGGCGGGCGAGGAAACUUGUGUCCGCUCCACCGGCGUGGCGAAUCUCCAGACGUUCGCCAGCGCGUCUUCUCUGCACGGCAUCGACCACGUGUUCGUGUCGGGCCGCGUGGGCAUGCGGCAGGUGGUGUGGGCGCUGGCCUUCGUGGCCUCGCUGGCGCUCUUCCUGUACCAGGCGGCCAAGAGCGCCGUGGCGUACCUGGAGCACCCGCACGUGGCGGCCAUGGGCGAGCAGGCCGGCCGCAACAUGGUCUUCCCCGCCGUCACGCUCUGCAACGUCAACCGAUUCCGCUUCUCGGCGCUCACCGACGCCGACAUCUACCACUUGGCCAACCUCACGGGCCUGCCGCCCAAGAACCGCGCCGGGCACCGGCCCGGUGACCUGGAGUACCCGGCGCCGGACAUGCUGGACAUCUUCAACCGGACCGGACACCAGCUGGAACACAUGCUCAAGAGCUGCAACUUUAGCGGACAGAACUGCACAGCCAAAGACUUCACCGUGGUGUACACACGCUAUGGGAAAUGCUACACUUUCAAUGGCAACAGAACGUUGCCGAAACGAGCGAGGCAAGGCGGCAUGGGCAACGGUCUAGAGAUGAUGCUAGACAUCGAACAGGAUGAAUACCUGCCCAUCUGGAGGGAGACGAAUGAGACGUCUCUAGAGGCAGGAAUCAGGGUGCAGAUCCACAGUCAGGAAGAGCCACCCUACAUUCACCAGCUGGGCUUCGGAGUCUCUCCUGGCUUCCAGACGUUCGUGUCCUGCCAGGAACAGAGGCUGACCUACCUGCCCCAGCCGUGGGGUAACUGCCGGGCGAAGGCCGAGCAGGUGAUGCCGGGUUAUGACACCUACAGCAUCAGCGCCUGCCGCCUCAGCUGUGAGAGCGCCCAGGUGAUGGCCGAGUGCAACUGCAGGAUGGUCCAUAUGCCAGGGGACGCUGCCAUCUGCCCCCCCAGCAAAAUCAAGUGUGUGGACAAAGCUCUGGCCUCCCUGCAGAAAAACGAGGGAGACAUAUGCCCCUGUGUGACGCCCUGCAAUGUCACUCGUUAUGGGAAGGAACUCUCCAUGGUAAAAAUCCCCAGCCGAGGGUCUGCGCGAUAUCUGUCUCGCAAAUACGACAAGACUGAGGAGUAUAUCAGAGACAACUUCCUUGUGUUGGACAUCUUCUUCGAGGCGCUGAAUUAUGAGAAGAUAGAACAGAAGAAGGCCUACGAUGUCGCUGGAUUGUUAGGUGACAUUGGUGGACAGAUGGGUCUUUUCAUUGGAGCCAGCAUUCUGACCAUAUUGGAGAUCAUUGAGUACAUCUAUGAGGUGAUCAAGUACAAGCUGAAGAGGCUUUUCAGACCAAUCAAGUCCCAACGGAACCAGAAUCAAAACCAGAUCCCAUGUUUGCAGAACCACACAGACCAGAACCUGCGGACCCAGCUCACAGAUGGCACCAUAGCAACCGUCAGGCUAGAGGACGUAAAGGCCAAGGAAGCAGGUGAAAUUACCCUAGCCCACCAGCAGGGGGUGUACCCGACCUCAGUUCUCCCCAACCACCACCAUCACCACCUCCUCCAACACCAGCACCAGCACCAACACCAGCACACUCAGCAGGACUACACCUACUAGGAUCGCAGCGAACCCCCCCGCCUGAACCCCAACCCCCCCACCCUCUCUCUCCUUCUUCUCUUCUGGACUUCACUCUCUUCAUGGACCUUCAAAGACACCUGGUGUUAAAGUCUCUGGUGUCAUGUGUGAAAUCUGCAGCCAAAGCCAAACUCCCCAGUACCUCUGCCUCUCUUAGCAAUGGACCUGAUUGGCCAAACCAGGCCGGCUGACGUGGGCUGAACCGGACCCCUCGGAGCCUCGGAGGACAGACAGCAGAGAGUAACUACCACAGAGGAGCCUCUUCACAUGGACUCUAUGUAGUGUUAUAUUUACACUGUACUUACCUGUUUUAUGUCCUUUUGAUUUUGAUGGCACUGUGUAACAAAUUCACACUGUCUUUUCUGCUGGAUGGACACAUGGCUUGCACAAAACUAAACAACAACAACAACAACAAUAACAACUAAGAUGACAACACGGUUAUCACCUUUUCAAAUGACAUGAUGUUCAGUUGAUCCAACCUAGCCAUCAACUAUUUCAGGCCACCUAGCAGAGGUUUAUUUCGUAAUAAAAUAGAAAUGUUAGGUCAAUAAAAUAUGGGGGGGUUUGUGACGAAGAAGUUGGAGGAAAUAUUAUGCUCACGAGCAGUCAUGUUUGUGACAUAAGCAGAGGCACCUUUAAUCAGGCAGCUCCACCACGCUUCAGCACCAAAUUACAUUUGGAGGCAAACGCGUCCAGUUCAGUCAGAGUCUAUGUAUGUGAAGCCAUGCUUUCACCUUGUCAAUGUCAACCAACAUAUUUAUUAAUUUCUCUCUUUUAAUAUCUACCUGUUAUGUUAAAGUCACCCCUUUUGGCCUCAUCAUCAGGGACGUGCACAGGGGGUGGCUAAGGUUGCCCGGGCAACUGCCUGUAUGCCCUCCUCGAGUCAAAGUGCCCCUCCGAGGGGAAAAAAAAUAAAAAUGUAAAUUAAUAGUAAUUUAAUAGUAAAUUUAAACAGCUGCAGAAUUUCAUGUAGGCCUAGAUACAAAAAAUCGCCACCCGAAACAUUUCAUAAAGUAGCCUUAUUCACUUCCAAUCGAUAAGCCUAUGGGCAACGAGAGUGGAAGUCAGUAGGGGGAGGGCAAAGUAACUAGUUUGGGCAUGCCCCCUACUCUGUUUACUCUGCAGUACUGCACGCGACCGGCACCUGAGCCUGCAUUUCUUUGGUGUGUGCCCUUUUUUCAGGUCAGAGCAAUGACCCUUCAAAACUCCUGUGCACGUCCCUGCUCAUCAUUACUCAUUAUAGAGCUCAUCUACUAUGAAGGCCUGUUGUGAUGCUCUUUCCAAAGGUUUGGUGUUACUGUCGUAACAGUCACACCCGGGGUAUGUUUGGUUACAGUGUAGAGCUGAGAGCCCUUGUUACAGUGUAACGCUGUUAUUGAGUACAAUGUAGCACACUAGUUAUCAGUGUGUAACAGCAAUUUAAUUCUCCUUACUUUACUCCCAGACCCUUUUUAUAGAUUUAUGUGAGUGUAUCAGUAUAGUGUAACUCUAUGUUGCCUAGUAUAAGACGUGAACAGCACACAGUACUUAUACUGUAACAAGGGCGCUGUGAUAGGAAAUGUGACACACUUAUGUUUUGGGAAUCAGACCCUCUGUCUGGAGACCCUCUGUCUGGAAAAAAUAAACAUGAGAGGCACUAGGUAGAUUUUCCAACUGCUUAGCAAAGACGCAAGCGUACCAACAGCACAGCCUCCAUGGAGCUGAGAUGAGAUGGUGAGGAGAUGUGAUUGUGUGUGUAGAAAGACAGAAUAUUAAUAUAACAGUUUGAAAUAAUUUGCUUAAAUAUGUAAAAAGUCAAGGAAAAGGCACUGGGGGUUGUUCCACUGCACAGCUGAAAAGUUUUUGCUUUUUAUGAGUAAUUGUUCAGCCUUCUACUGCCCCCUAUAGACGACAUAUAUAUAUAUACACAAACACAAGAAUAAAGGAAUUUGUAAUAAAUA